UCGAUUCCGUGGAUAGUCCUAUUGAUUUUUAAAUUUUAAUUACAGUUCUUGGAGAUCUUAAGCCACGAUAUAAACACUAGGUAUAAAAUUAUGUAACUCAUCAUAAAUAAAUAGGUCCUCCAUUGAGUUACAUUAAUUAUGAAGACAAAGUGCAAUUUAAUUAAUAAUCGCGCGUGAAGUAAAUUAACCAUUGUGUUUAAAAUUAUUUAUGUGCUUCACCACCUCUACAAGUAGUCACUAUGUUUAAUAAAGCAUUUAUUAGUUUAUUUAUAAUUUUAUCUCUUAAGUGUAACAUAUGCCUAUCCAUAAGAGAAUAUACUAAAUAUGAUAUUUUAAAACUAAGAGAAGAAGUCAGAGAAAUGUUCCAGCAUGCAUAUGAUAGCUAUCUACGAUAUGCAUAUCCUUAUGAUGAAUUACGCCCCCUAAGCUGUGAUGGUAUGGAUACAUGGGGAAGUUACUCAUUGACUCUCAUUGAUGCACUAGACAUGCUUGUUAUCAUGGGGAACUAUACAGAGUUCAAUAGGGUUGUUGAUAUUGUAUUGGAGAAACAGAAUUUUGACACUGAUAUCAAUGUGUCAGUAUUUGAAACAAAUAUAAGAAUCAUUGGAGGUUUGCUUAGUGCCCAUCUUUUGUCUUACAAAUCAGGCAUGAAACUAGAACCUGGCUGGCCUUGCAAUGGGCCCCUUCUCCGUCUUGCAGAGGAUGUCGCUCAGAGACUUAUCGCCGCUUUUGACACAACUACUGGAAUGCCAUAUGGCACAAUCAACUUGAGAUCUGGAGUUCCACCAGGGGAGACCAGUAUAACUUGCACAGCUGGCGUUGGUACAUAUAUUGUAGAGUUUGGUACCCUGAGUAGGCUUACUGGCGACCCAUUGUAUGAAGAGGUAGCAUACAAUGCACUUAAGGCUCUAUAUCACCACAAGUCUCCAAUAGGACUGGUUGGUAACCAUAUAGAUGUGAUGACUGGUAGAUGGACAGCCCAAGAUGCUGGUAUAGGCGGUGGAGUUGACUCUUAUUUUGAAUAUUUAGUUAAAGGAGCAAUACUGCUAGAGCGUCCCGAGCUGAUGUCUAUGUUCAAUGAAGCCCGUCAAGUGAUAGACAAGUACUUGAAAAAGGACGACUGGUAUGUUUGGGCUACUAUGUUAAAGGGGCACGUCACACUGCCUGUGUUCCAAUCGCUGGAGUCUUAUUGGCCUGGCCUACUUAGUUUAAUUGGUGAAAGUUCUACAGCAAUGCGAAUAAUCCACAACUACCACAGUGUAUGGAAACAGUACGGUUUCACUCCGGAAGUGUACAACCUUGGUACCGGUGAAGCUUCACCCUCAAGGGAGAGUUAUCCCUUGAGACCGGAGCUCAUAGAAUCUAUUAUGUAUUUAUACCGGGAUACUCGAGAUCCCAUACUGUUGCAAAUGGGAGAGGACAUAUUGAGAAGCAUACAACACAGCGCACGGACACCUUGUGGAUUUGCUACGAUAAAAGAUGUCCGCGAUCACCGUAAAGAAGACAGAAUGGAGUCUUUCUUUCUGUCUGAAACCACCAAAUAUCUCUAUCUCUUAUUUGACCCGGAUAACUUUAUCCACAACCCCGGAGUUCACGGCACGGUUAUAAACACCCCCAAUGGGGAAUGUAUCGUCGACAUGGGUGGUUACAUUUUCAACACUGAGGCACAUCCCAUCGACCCUACGAUGCUGUAUUGUUGCCACGAAUCUAGACAGGGCAUAAACGUUAGCGAGGUGCAUAGAAUAUACAAAAUGUUAGACGACGAAGACAACAUUCACUUUAUGAGCAUGAUAGAUGGUAUAGAGCCAGUAAAAAACACCACUAGUUAUUACAAAGAGGCUGUUUAUUAUGAUGACCCCAUGAAUUCGGCCAAAAUUAUCGAUUUAAGUAAACGUGACAAUAAUAAUGCACAGGAAGUUCCCAUUAAGACUGAAACGAGGACGGGUUAUGUUAAUUUAGAUGGCACCGAAAGAGAAAAUUUAAAAAAUGAAAGUCUCGGUGAUAAACUAAAAGAAAGCAUCAGCAGCCAAUACAACAAUUCAAAUGAAAACGAAAGUGAAAACGAAACGGUUACCGAAGAAUCAGAAAUAACAGUAAAUGAAGAAGUCGAAGUGGACGAUAUAAUUAUUUCUCAGAAGUAUGAAACGGAAAAGUUAGAACCACCCAGUAGCACUAAGGCGAAGGAUGCGGUAAAAAUGUUACCACAGGUUAUACAAGAUUUCUUGAACAGUGAUUGGAAGAAAAAACCGAAGUGUGAGCCACAGCACAUGAUAGAAAGAAUUCGUAAAGAAAAAAGGUACCCAAAACACCCGCACACUCGCAAAUACAAUUUCUUGCUGACACCAGCGCCCACUUUCAUGCAAAGAUUAGCAAUUGCCGGAGAGAUCCUAAAUAAAAAACAGUUGGAUUUAUGAUCCUUUGUUCUCUUUAUUGUUUUCGUCUUUGAAAAUCUUAGGUUGAUCAUGAACUUUUAUUUGUUGCUUCAAUUUGUAAUUUAUUUCU